AGUUUCUUCACUCGAACAAACCAGUUCUAUCACAAUUUUUUAUACUUUAUUUUUUUGAAAUUUACAAUUUAAAUAAUUAAAAAUAUUUUUAUAAAAUAUAUAAAAUUUCUACUUUUAUAAAAAAGUUAAAUUUUUUAAAAACAACAAAACAACAUGUCAGCUCCAAUUAAUCCAUCAUUGAAGGAUCUUCCAAAGGUCUCAAUUGAUCUAAAAAGUCAACUCGAAGGAUUUAAUCCUGAUGCCAUGAAAAAAGCUGAGACUGCAAUUAAAAAUGUUUUGCCAUCAGCUGAAGACGUGAGACAAGAACGUCAACAUUCAGAUUUGAUUCAUGAUGUCGAGAGUUUUAAAACUGGUCAACUAAAGCAUGCUGAUACAAAAGAAAAAAUUAUUUUACCAAAUGCAACAGAUGUAGCAGCUGAAAAGACACAGCAGACCUUGAUUGCUGGCAUUGAGGCCUUUGAUGCCACCAAAUUGAAGCAUACUGAGACUCAGGAAAAAAAUCCACUUCCUGAUAAAAUGGCAAUUGAACAAGAAAAAGACAAACAACAAUUCAUAUCUGGAAUUGAAAAUUUCGAUCCAGCCAAGCUCAAGCAUGCUCAAACCAUGGAAAAAAAUCCUUUGCCAACCAAAGAGACCAUUGAUGCAGAAAAGAUUGCUGCUUAAAUCUCAAUAAAAAAAAAAAACAACGAAAAAAAAAAAUUACAAAUAAACAAGUAUAAUAAAUAAAUAAAAAAUAAAUUCAAAAAUAAAAGUAAAAAAAAAAAAGAUAUUCCAAAAGGACAAUGUCGGUAAAUGAUAUUUUUUAAUUUGUUUGUAUUAAUUACUUAAUUAUAAAUAAUAAUAAAAAAAACUACAAAGACUUAAGGAAAAUGAAGUAAUAAAAAAUAAUUUGCUUGCAAAUUAAAAAAGAAAAAGGCUGUUUUUGAAAUCCUGCCUCUUGGCCAGUAUUUGCGUCCUAUUAUAAAUUGGUGCAAUUAACA